AUGGAUCAGCGGCCACCGAAUGAUGAUUACUCGAGAGUAAAUUCCACUCGCAAGAACAUUCGAAGGAGCAUUUUCCACCCGCUAAACGGUAACGCAAACGCCAUACUCCACCCGCCGCCGCAACCGCAAGUGUACAUCGUAGACAAGGACGACUUCAAAAGCUUUGUCCAACAACUAACGGGUAAUCAUCAUCAUCAUCAACCAUGUGAGCGUUUACCUCAAAACAUUCCAAAGCGUCAGAAGAUUGUACCAGAGCCAAUAAACCAGACAUCAUCGGUUCCUACCAAUGCCACACCGGUUCAAGAUGAUCCACACGUCUCGUUGUAUAUGCGUUAUCUUCAAAACUUGAUUGAAGACUCGUCAUCAGAAUCUUCCAAUGGUAAUCAAUUCCAACAACCAUUUGAUGAGUGUGAAUCUCAACCUCAAGUUCCUAUGCCAUAUUCCAAUGGUCUUGAACCGGUCAUGACCACUACUACUACGACCUCUCCCUGGUUCGACGAUGGCUCGCCUCAACAAAUGAACGGUUAUGAUUACUCGUUUCAAUCAAAAAGAGUUGAGUAUCCUCAACCUUCGACUCCAAACUUCACAUUUUCGUCUAUGAAUCAACAUGGAGUCUUUGAUUCGGACCUAGAACGUUUUUAG